AUGCUACGCGCGUGUACUAUCAUUUGUGUGUUAAUUUUAAAUCUUCGCGUAAUACAAUGUUCGAAAAUUCUUGGUUAUUUUCCCACGCCCUCAAUAAGUCAUCAAGUUGUGUUUCGUCCUUUGAUGCACGAAUUAGCAAAACGGGGACAUGAAGUAAUCAUAGUAACUACGGAUCCAGCUUUUCCAAAAGGCGAUACACCUGCCAAUCUAACAGAAAUAGACGUCCACGAUAUAUCAUAUAAGAACUGGGAAGACGUACUGGAUACACAUAACGGAAAAAAAGAAAAUAUAUUUCAACAGAUAGUGAACUUAUUUGAGAGAUUUACAAGUACAUUUGACCUGCAGUUGCAAAUGCCUGAAGUUAAGAAGAUGUUAAGAAAAGAAAAAAAUAAUAUAGAUCUGAUUGUUGUAGAAUCGAGUGUUCGAACAACUCUUGGUCUUGGACAUUUAUUGAAGGCACCAAUCAUUCAAUUUAGUUCGUUUGGAACAUCUCCUUCUCAUUUUGGCUUCUUUGGGGCGCCUUCCCAACCUCUCUUGUAUCCCACACCUCUGAACGUGCGCAUCUACAACUUGACUAUGUUUGAAAAGAUUUUCGAAUUCUUAAAACAUUUGACGCUAGACCACCUACAGAGUGUUAUGUAUGACUCUGAUUAUGCCAUGGCGAGACGAAAUUUUGGUGAAGACCUGCCACCUUUUGAAGAAUUGAUGGACAAAUAUGUGCAAAUGUUAUUUCUGAAUGAACACCCCAUCUGGGCCCAUAAUCAUCCUGUGCCAUCAAAUGUUAUCUUUAUGGGUGGUAUUCACCAAACCCAGCACGACGACCUUCCUCAGGAUUUGAAAACCUAUCUCGAUGCGUCGAAACACGGAGUCAUUUAUAUAAGUUUUGGAACAAAUGUGAAACCAUCUAAUCUUCCGUCAGAGAAGGUUGAACUUAUGCUAAAAGUGUUUUCUACUCUGCCAUACAACGUUUUAUGGAAAUGGGACACGGAAUUACCUCAGAAACCGAAAAAUGUGAAAACUUCAAAGUGGUUCCCACAAGCUCAACUACUCAAACAUCCAAAUAUAAAACUCUUCAUCACACAAGGAGGUCUCCAGUCUACAGACGAGACAAUAAACGCUGCAGUACCAGUCAUCGGAAUCCCCAUGCUUGGAGACCAAUGGUACAACACUGAAAGAUAUAAACAGCACCAAAUUGGCAUCCAACUCGAUAUACACGCUUUGUCCGAAGAACAAUUUCGUACAGCUAUAAGGAGUGUGAUUGAAGAUAAAAGCUACAAGACAAAUAUACUUAAACUGCGCACUCUGAUGCGUGAAUUUCCUGUGAAACCAUUGGAUUUGGCUGUAUGGUGGACUGAACAUAUUUUGAAACACGGAGGCUCACAUUUGCGGUCACCAGCCUUUGGAGUCUCUCAUUGGAAGUACUAUGAAGUAACUUUAGUUUUAACAGUAGUAUCUGUACUGUUAUUAUCAUUAUUUAUUGUAGUGGUUGUAUUAAGAUUUCUUUUAAGAAGGUUACUGCCACACCUUUUACUUCCAAUUAGAAUUAAAGUUAAGAAAAUGUAA